AUGAAACGUGACAAAGUAGCUGAAGAUGAAAAAGAAAAGGCAACAUAUUUGGGCUUCGAUCUCAGCACCCAAAAGCUUAAAGCCGUCCAAUUAAAUAAUAAACUGGAAAUUCUUGUAACCGCUGAAGUUCAAUUUGAUUCAGAUCUUCCAGAGUUUCGAACACAGGGUGGUGCCAAUGCUGGUGCCCGGAAAAAUGAGUACUUUGUUCAACCCGUUAUGUGGGUUAAGGCCCUUGAUAUUGUUAUGGAUCGUUUAGUUAUGGAAGGUGCCGAUUUGAGUACAGUCAUGGCAAUUGGCGGUUCGGCACAACAACAUGGUUCCUUAUACUGGUCACGUCACGGUAUCGAUACAUUAAAAAAUCUUGAUCCAGAUAAAUUUAUGCAUUUACAAAUCGAUGAUUCGGCAUUUGUAUUAACCCGUACCCCCAUAUGGAUGGACGGUUCGACAGAGAAUCAGUGCCUUGAAAUGGAAAUAGCUAUUGGUGGCCCACAGGAAAUGGUCAGCAUUACGGGUAGUAAAUGUUAUCCACGUUUCACAGGACCACAAAUCCGUAAAGUCUAUCAACAGCGAACACAUGCCUAUGAAGAUUCCAAACGCAUAUCGUUGGUUAGCAGUUUCUUGGCAUCGUUAUUUAUUGGUGAUGUGGCAUCCAUUGAUUAUGCUGAUGCCUCAGGAAUGAAUUUAUUUGAUAUUAAUACGAAAACAUGGUCCAAAGCGUGUCUGAAUGCUUGUGCACCCGAUUUGGAAGAACGUCUCGGAGUGGCUGUGAAGACAAAUAGCAUUUUGGGUAAUAUUUGUGAUUUCUUUGUACAACGUUUUGGUAUGCCGGCGGAGUGUCGAGUGGCUGCAUUUACGGGUGAUAAUCCUUCAGCAUUGUCGGGGAUGUUGGUGGAAAAAGAUUGGUUGGUCAUGUCAUUGGGUACCAGUGAUACGUUGAUGAUGAAUUUAGAUCAUCCACCUCAUCUGGAGGAGGGUCAUGUGCUGUGUCAUCCCACCGAAGAAGAUCAAUAUAUGGGAUUGUUGUGCUUCCGCAAUGGCUCUUUGGUCAGAGAUGCCAUAAAACGUUCUGAGGCCCAAAACAGUUGGGAAACGUUUAGUGCCUUGCUGGACUCCACACCACGUGGUAAUUAUGGUAAUAUGGCUUUACAUUUCCACACCAUGGAAAUAAUACCCCAGGCCAAAGGUGUAUUGCGUUGGAAUAAAUCUCAUUCGGCAGCAUCUCCUGAUGCCGCGAAGGGGGUUCUCAAAUUCACAUCACCGGAGGCAGAAAUAAGAGCAUUGAUCGAAGGUCAAAUGUUACAUAGACGUGCCAUUGCCUCCGAUAUGGGUUUUCAUUUUGGUAGCGAAACGAAAAUCAUUGCCACUGGUGGAGCUUCCGUUAAUAAAUCAAUUUUACAAGUUAUUUCGGAUGUAUUCAAUGCACCGGUUUAUAUACAGAAAGCCAGUGAGGCUGCCCUUUUGGGAGCUGCAUAUCGUGCUAAAUAUUGUGAAUAUUUAGCACAAACCAAAGAUGAAACCAAAGCAUCCGACACCGAGGCAUCAACAGUCCUUAGCUAUCAUGAUUUCAUAUUACCAUUUAUACCGAAUCAUGUGGAGCUGGUGUGUGAGCCCAGUAAAGAUAGUACCGAUAUUUAUACGCCAAUGUUGGAACGUUAUCGAGCCAUGGCUAAUGUUUUGCAAGAAAAUAAAUGAU